AUGAACAGGCGCUCAGCGUCCUGCCAGCUGCGCGCUGGAGCCUGGUUCACUCAUGUUGGAGCGAGUGACAGUCAGUAUGAGUCAACUACAAGCUCUGCACUAAAACAGGUCCAGAACUCAAAAGCAGCUCAGUGUACUGAGGACAGUUUGCCGCUCACUUACAGAGCUCGGGAGCAGAGUGCAGCAAACAACAAUUUCCCAUUUUCUGCUCAUGACAACAGACACUCUCUGCAGAAUACAGGAGAGUAUUUUGAUUUUGGCCUGGGCAGGAAGAAGGUGGAACCAGAGAGACGGCAACAGAACUCACAGAACUUCUUCCUCUGGGCUCCUGAACCAGUUUCUAGCAGUAACGAUGGCUUAACCACUUACCAGAGGUCAUUUGUCAAAGAUCAAAAUACUGAGACCCCGUUUUGUAGGCGAUAUCCAAAACACCAUUUAGGAAAAUGUAGCGCUGACAAACCUGUACCUGAGAAUGAAAAAAACCCUCAGCCAAACAAGUCACCUUAAUUAUAAAAACACCUUUAUAACACUAACUUACAACCAUCAGAGCAUUUUCUCAAGAUCUGAACUACUUGUUAGUCACAUGGAUGAUGAAAUAAAUGUACGUGCAAAGCAAAUGUGGUAGUACAGUUGAAAGUCCUUUGAAAUCAACAAUCAUAUGUUACUCUGAAGAUACAUAUUACUAUGAACAUUUUAAUGAAGAAGAGAAUUAUAAGGAAAACCAUGUUUGUACAUAUUUUGAGAAAUACCUCUACUUGGAUAACAGAAGU